CCCGCCUUGCGUCCCGCUAGGGAUGUAGGAUACUCAGCACUCGCGGGGUAGUACGAGGCAUUGCUGGUGGCCGUACAACGAUUGCGCAUGUUGGGGUUAGAGCAUAUGCCUUACCCUGGGCUUGUGGGGCUUGCAUUGGAGAUGGUACGGAUAUCCGAGGAUGGUAUCCGGCAGGCAGGAGAGAUUAGGCGCAUGGAGGAGCCUGUUCCAGAGGCUGAGUAUCAGCCAGCGCCAGGAGGAGGACCGGGUGCUCCCAGAGGAGGAGGCCGUGCUGGCAGAGGACGCCGUGCUGCAAGAGGACGCCAUGCGCGUAGAGGACGCGGUGCUGCUGCUAGAGGACCUAGUGGUGGAGGACACCAUCUGGUAGAUGAGUCCGAUCCCAUUCUAGAGGACAUUCCCGGUCUAGUCCAUCCGUGGUCGUUCCAGGCCGGUGGCAGCUUGCCUAGGGACUCACCUACGUUUACGCCGGCGCUCCUACUUGCUGAGAUACUUGGGUCUUCAUCACAGCCAAGCCAGAAUGCAUACAUGGAGGAGCAUGAUAACGUCAAUUGGGCGGCGUUACGUGCUUCAUUAGCUGAUGAGCACCUGUGA